AUGGGCUCGGGUUUCGCCAAGGCUUUCUACCCAAGGGACCCGGGCUUACAUCCGGUUCCAGACACAUUGGUGCCAUGGAAGAUAUUCCGCGAGGAGCUGAACAACGUGCAUCCAAUAUCAUCAGGGUUGGAAACCAUGGCCCUGAAGACCACGAUAGAUCUCACCUGUAACGAUUUUAUAUCGAAUUUCGAGUUUGAUGUCUUCACGAGGCUUUUUCAACCAUGGAGCACGUUGUUACGGAAUUGGCAGCUUUUAGCGGUAACACAUCCAGGGUAUGUUGCCUUCCUAACAUAUGACGAAGUGAAGGCGCGGUUACAGAAGUACAUACACAAGGCUGGCAGUUAUGUGUUUAGGUUAUCGUGUACGCGGCUUGGCCAGUGGGCGAUUGGGUAUGUGACUGUAGACGGCGAGAUACUACAGACGAUACCACAAAACAAGAGUUUGGUGCAGGCGCUACUGGACGGAUAUAGAGAAGGAUUCUAUCUAUAUCCAGACGGUCGUGACGUGAAUCCAGACCUAAGCAGCGCAAUCAUUUCGCCAGCAGAAGACCAUAUAACCGUCACACAGGAACAGUAUGAGCUUUAUUGUGAAAUGGGUAGUACGUUUCAAUUAUGUAAAAUAUGCGCUGAAAAUGACAAGGAUAUAAGGAUAGAGCCAUGUGGACAUCUCCUUUGUACGCCGUGUUUGACAGCUUGGCAGAUUGACUCGGAAGGUCAAGGCUGUCCGUUCUGUCGUGCAGAAAUUAAGGGAACAGAACAAGUGGUUGUUGAUGCCUUUAUACCCCCGAGACCGCCGAAUACUACGGCUGAUGUCAAGUUAGCGAACACAAAGACAGCUGUAAGGCCGGUAUCUUCAAACUCGUCAGGGUCCAGUGGAUCGUCAGGUUCGUCUGCGUGUAAUGGGUCAAGUUCGGAAACGCCUACAUCAAACAAUGCGAACGGCUGGUCCACAAGGAAUACGACGUUUAACGGUCUCACAGAUGACAUUGAUGAUUCAGAGGACUGGGCAGAAUUUAACGCGGCAACAUCGACAAUAGAUGCAUUACGGCCAGGUGUUAGGUCUGCCGGAGCAUCGCCACGACACUCGCCUAGAGCUGUUCGCAAAGCGCCCGCGCCCGCUGAAAACGCGUACGGGGAACUACGAGCGCCGCCUCUACCGCCUCGGAAGAGUCUUUCCCCAGCAGAAACUAUUGUUGCAGCCUCCAGUGUACAGGAUAUUGCUGCUGCUAGUUCUAUUAUUCCAGAUCCCAGAAGGCGAUCAUCGUUGGAGCCAGAACCAGACUCAAGGCAUAAGCUGACUUCUGUGAUCACUGGUUCGACGGAGACCAUCACUGGAAUUAUUGAUACCAGACAUGAAGUUAUACCUCCCGACCCGAGAGCCUUCGAAAAGCCUCGAAGAGCAUGCACACCUCAAGCAAACAGUCGGCCAUUGCCCGCACCCCCUCCGGAAAGGCAAGAGGAACGAACAGAAAGACAAGAUAGACACGUGCAAGACCGACUCGAUAAUCGAUUGGAUAAUCGAAUAGAGAGGUCAGAAAGAUCGAAUUCGGAGAAUCGAGUUCUUGAUCGGCAUAUGGAUUUCAGACCCCCAGAACGGCCAGACAAAUCAGACCGAAUACAAGAAAAGGCUAACUUCGAUAGAGAACAUCGAGCGCCCCCACGUCAAAGAUCGCUCCCGUCUUCAACGACUACGGAUCAUCAACCAACGAAGUCCACUACGAUGCCUAAAUUCCCAUCAGAGGAUGUGAAGGACCCGCCAUAUGAAAAUGUCGGCAAUGAGAAAAAUGAAUUAUCUGUUGCAUCUAAGAAAAUAAACCCGCUGACACACGACAAACACGGUCGCAAAUACAACGAGAACGUGUCAUAUGAAAACAUAAAUCUCGAUUACAUCGCGAGGUUGGUCGACGAAGGAUAUCCCAAGGAGAUCGUAGUUAGAGCGUUGGGCAUUACGCGGAAUGAUCUAGAAAUGGCCUGCGAUAUUCUACACGAAUUCGGCACGAAGGUCCCUAGUAAAUGCUAG